AUGGAUGAGGAUUAUUACCGGUACUGGUACCAAGUCUUGGCCGGCCAGGUGCCCUGGCCGGACCCAAAUCAUCCGGAUCCGGCCAACGUGGGCGCAAAUGUCGUGCCCUUUCCUCCCGAACAGCACGCGCCCGUCGAGAACCCGCAAGUUGAGAUCCCGCCCAUCCAGAACCCGUCCGUCGAGAAUCCACCCGGCCAGCACGCACCCGAGCAAGCUGCUGCUCACAACAGCCCAAACCCCAACGGGGUUCCCCUUGCCCCGCCUGCGCCUUCUGCAGUCAUUAACAAUAUUUACAACUUUAAUGCUCCGGUGCAGCUUGGGGAUCAGGGACUUCCUCGACCCAUGCCGCUCCACUUCAACAUUCACGGCGGCGGUUACGUGAACGGUGGCAACGCACACGGCGGAAAUGUCCAGCACAACCAGCUAAGCGGCGGCAACCACAACGACGACUUGAACUGUACGAAUGUCCAGAACAAUCACUUGAGCAGCGGCAAGCAUCAGAACAACGAAUUCGGUGGCAAUAACGUUGGAGUUGACGCGGUCCCCGCUCCGAACCCGGCUCUGGCCCCGGCCCGUGUUAUCAAGACGGGAGUUUAUGGUGUUAUGAGGAGUUUGUUGCUACGAAGCAUCCUGGAGGAGGAGAUCGGGUUUGUUUAA